CAGGCCGCGGCCGCCGCGCCGCUUAAACGCGCCUACGAGCACGUGGACUUCCCCCUGAUGAAGAAAAGGAAACUGGACGACGACGACUCCCCCUCUGCCUUCGAGGAGAAGCCUGAAGAACCUGUAGUUCUAGCACUGGACCCCAAGGGUCACGAGGACGAUUCUUACGAAGCCAGGAAAACGUUUCUUACGAAAUACUUCAACAAACAGCCCUAUCCCACCAGGAGGGAGAUCGAGAAGCUGGCGGCCAGCUUGUGGCUCUGGAAGUCUGAUAUUGCGUCUCACUUCAGUAACAAAAGGAAGAAAUGUGUCAGGGAUUGUGAAAAGUACAAACCCGGCGUGCUGCUCGGCUUCAACAUGAAAGAACUGAACAAAGUCAAACACGAGAUGGAUUUCGAUGCCGAGUGGCUGUUUGAAAACCACGAUGAAAAGAAUUCCAGAGUCAAUGCCAGUAAGACUGUUGACAAAAAAAUCAGCUUAGAAAAGGACAAUGAGAGUUCCUCAGACAGCUAUGAGAACGUAGAAGAGGAGUACAACGAGAGCAGCAGCCCCUUUGGCCAGCGCGUCGCUGAGCUCGGCGGGAAACCCUCGGCCGACGGCGCAGCGGAGAACCCCGAGGACAGCACAGCCAAGGAGACCAAGGAGGAAAACACGUUAGAGUCUCCAGAGAAGUCCGAACAAAAGCAAGAGGAGAGCUCUAAAUAUGAAGAGAUUAUUUCUGCUGAAGAGCCAGCAAAGCUGGUAGGUGACGUUUCAGACAGCGACGGUGACCAGGACGACCAGGACGAUGCUGUGGAGUGGAAAGACGCCAAUUCCCAGUCCGAGAGCGGGCCUGGGUCCCAGCAGGGCUCGGAUUUCGAAGAUAACGCGCUGGAAGUAAAACCGGAAGUGUGGACAGAUGAAUCCUCCCAAAGCGAAGACGCUGGGAGCAGUAAACCCCCUGUGGAGGCCAAGGAGGGUGGGUCGGAAAGCGAUGAAGAACAGUCCAAGUGGAAGAAUCGUUCCUAUGGAAAAGUAGAAGAGUUUUGGUCUAAGGACCAGUCACAGUGGAAGAACUCAUCCGAGAUGGAGGAGAGCUUGUCCCGUCAGCAGAUGGAGUGGCAGAGCAGCGCACUGGACAGCGAGGACGGGGAGCGGUUCGGGGUGGCGGGCGGCGUGGCCGAGCCCAUGCACAGCAGCCUGCCCGGGGUGGAGCUGAGCAGCCAGCAGGCGUGA